AGUUCAAUUCUAUUUCUUUUUGCCAAUAAGGCAUGGCUCUAUUCGACGACUGCCCGAGUACUGGCAGCUUUUCCCUCUUCCCGGAAACAUAUCCGGAUGCCAAUGACGUAGCGGUGGAAUCACAGCAGCCUCUCCGUAUUUAUGCAGACGGAAUUUACGAUCUGUUUCAUUAUGGACAUAUCCGCUUAGUAAAAAGGAUUAAAGCUAUGUUUCCUAACUGCUUUUUGAUCGCUGGAGUUUGCAGUGAUGCAGAUACAAACCUACUCAAAGGGCCAACACUCAUGAAUGAACUUGAACGAGCAGAACAAGUGUUGGCUUGUCGAUAUGUAGAUCAAGUGAUCGUCCGAUGUCCUUGGGUCAUUACCCAGGAAUUUAUGCAAAAACACGAGAUCGAUUUGGUGGUUCACGGAAAAGAUGAUUCUUAUGAUGAACAUGGAAAUGAUGUAUAUGCUUAUGUUAAGAGCAUUGGCAAAUUUUUUUCUUUGAUGCGUACAAAAUCUAUCUCAACAAGUGACAUCAUUGCAAGAGUUUUGAAGCAAAAUAAACUGUAUUUAGAACGGUCGAUUAAAAGGGGCCUCAGUCACUCUGACCUAGGCAUUUCUUAUGACACAUGGUCGGCACUUAAAAAUGAAAUUGGAAAAAAUCUUUGCGCAUUGCCUUCUUGCUCGAAAAUUUAGCACAUAACUCGAAGUUACGACUGU